UCUCAGGUCAUCUGCAGCUGCAGCGAGUCUGAGGAGCCGAGGAAGGCAGGGAAGAUGGCGAUCCUCCAUUGCUGAGACCCGGCAGAAGCACAUGAGACUCCCAAACAACUUCCACAACAAUAACCCGAGCAGGAAGAGGAGAAAGAGAAAGAGGAUAAGGAGGCGGUGGGGCUGGAGAACCCGAAGCACCUCCCGGCGCCGGGACGCUUCUUCUGUUCCUGAUGUGAGAGGGUAGCCCCUUGAUCAUGGAGGUGCUUCAGUGCGAUGGCUGCGACUUCCGAGCCCCGUCUUAUGAGGAUCUCAAGGCACACAUCCAGGAUGUCCAUACUGCAUUCUUGCAGCCCACGGAUGUUGCAGAGGACAAUGACGACGAGCCACCAUCCGGGUCCAUGAAUGCUGGCAACCAGACAGAGGUGGAGUUUUCUUCUAUAAAGGAUGAGUUUGUGAUUGCGGAAGAUUUAUCAGGUCAAAGUGCAGCUGCAUUGGGGAGUGGAAGUUACUAUGGCCACAGUCCAGGAUAUUACGGUCAGCAUAUUGCCCCUAAUCCCAAACCAACCAACAAAUUUUUUCAGUGCAAGUUCUGCGUACGCUACUUCAGGUCAAAAAAUCUCCUCAUAGAACAUACUAGGAAGGUCCAUGGAGCUCAAGCGGAAGGGAGUCCACCAGGACCUCCUGUGCCAGGAUCCUUAAAUUAUAAUAUCAUGAUGCACGAGGGAUUUGGAAAGGUCUUCUCUUGCCAGUUCUGCACGUACAAGUCGCCUCGGAGGGCGAGGAUCAUCAAGCAUCAGAAGAUGUACCACAAAAACAGUUUGAACAGUUUGAAGGAGACCGCGGCGCCACCACCUGCCCCUGCCCCACUGCCAGAUCCUGUGGUUCCGCCCGUGUCCUUGCAGGACCCCUGUAAGGAACUCCCAGCGGACGUUGUGGAGCGCAGCAUCUUAGAAUCCAUGGUUAAGCCUUUGACCAAGUCUCGCGGCAACUUCUGUUGUGAGUGGUGCAGCUACCAGACCCCCCGCCGAGAGCGCUGGUGCGACCACAUGAUGAAGAAACACCGCAGUAUGGUCAAGAUCCUUUCUAAUAUCAGGCAGCAGCAAGACGGGACGAAUGCGCCGGAAGUGCAGAAUAAUAAUGAACCCAGCCCCACGUCCACCUCCCCCUACCUGUCCAUGAAUGCUGCAAGCCGGGAGAUGCCCAACACUAAUGUCUCCAAUUUCAGGGGCUCCGUCAGCAACUCCAUCAUGAGACCCAAUUCUUCUUCAGCUUCCAAGUUCUCUUCUAUGUCUUACCCUCAGAUGAAGCCGAAGUCACCUCAUAAUUCUGGCCUUGUGAACUUGACAGAUAGGUCCCGGUAUGGAAUGUCUGACCUGACUAAUUCGUCAGCUGACCUGGACACGAACAGCAUUCUGAAUGACUCUAGCUCUGACGAGGAGUUAAAUGAGAUGGACAGUGAGAACGGCUUAAGUGUUAUGGAUCAUCAGGCGUCAGGCCUGACUGCAGAGCAGCUGAUGGGCUCUGACGGCAACAAACUGUUAGAGACCAAGGGGAUUCCGUUCAGAAGGUUCAUGAAUAGAUUCCAGUGUCCCUUUUGUCCUUUCCUCACCAUGCAUCGGCGCAGCAUUUCCCGCCACAUAGAAAACAUCCACUUGUCUGGAAAGACCGCUGUCUACAAAUGUGAUGAGUGUCCAUUUACUUGUAAGAGCUCAUUGAAACUGGGGGCUCACAAACAGUGUCACACGGGUACGUCCGAUUGGGACGCUGUGAAUUCGCAGAGUGAAAGCCUCUCUUCCUCUCUGAACGAAGGUAUGGUCUCUUAUGAGAGCGCCAGCAUCAACGGUAGGAAGUCAGGAGUCAUGUUGGAUCCCUUGCAGCAGCAGCAGCCACCACAGCCACCGCCACCACCGCCGCCACCACCGCCACCGUCCCAGCCGCUGCAGCAGCCACCGCCGCAGCUGCAGCCACCACACCAGGUGCCACCCCAGUCACAGCCACCACCAACGCAGCAGCCACAGCCACCCACACAGGUCCCACCCUUGCACCCUUAUAAGUGCACCAUGUGUAGUUACUCCACCAUGACUCUAAAAGGGCUAAGAGUCCAUCAGCAACACAAGCAUUCCUUCUGUGACAACUUGCCAAAAUUCGAGGGGCAGCCCUCAAGCCUACCACUGGAAAACGAGACAGAGAGCCACCCCUCUUCCAGCAACACUGUGAAGAAAAGUCAGACCUCAAUUCUUGGGUUGUCCUCCAAGAAUAACUUUGUAGCUAAGGCCUCUAGGAAGCUGGUGAAUGACUUUCCUCUUGAUUUGUCGCCCGUGAAGAAGCGGACGAGGAUUGACGAGAUAGCAAGCAACCUGCAGAGCAAAAUCAACCAAACCAAACUGCAGGAGGAUGCCAUCAUCAAUGUCGAGGACGACGAGGAGGAAGAGGAUGACAAUGAAGUAGAGAUAGAGGUUGAGCUGGACAGGGAAGAGGAGCCAGCAGAACCCAUCCUGGAGGUUCCUGCUUCCUUCUCAGCCCAACAGAUUUGGGCCAGAGACACCAGUGAGUCCCAGAAGGAGCCCAGCUACAGAAGUAUCACCCACGAUUAUAAUGCCACCAACGGGGCCGAGAUUGAACUCACGCUUUCUGAAGAUGAAGAGGACUAUUACGGCUCUUCAACAAGCAUGAAAGAUCACCAAGUGUCCAACGCAGCCCUGCUGAACACUCAACCCCCUAUCUAUGGGACGGAACACAAUAGUGAAAAUACAGAUUUCGGUGAUUCUGGAAGGCUUUACUAUUGUAAACACUGUGACUUUAAUAACAAAUCUGCCCGGAGUGUUAGCACACACUACCAGCGAAUGCACCCUUACAUUAAGUUCAGCUUUAGGUAUAUCUUGGAUCCCAAUGACCACAGCGCAGUGUACAGGUGCCUGGAAUGCUACAUUGACUACACCAACUUUGAAGACCUCCAGCAGCAUUACGGUGAGCAUCACCCAGAGGCCAUGAAUGUACUCAAUUUUGACCAUUCGGACCUGAUCUACCGAUGUCGCUUUUGUUCCUACACAAGCCCAAAUGUCAGGAGCCUGAUGCCACAUUACCAAAGAAUGCAUCCCACAGUCAAAAUCAACAACGCCAUGAUCUUUUCAAGCUAUGUCGUCGAGCAGCAGGAAGGGCUGAAUGCUGAGUCCCAGACCCUGAGGGAGAUUCUGAAUUCGGCUCCCAAGAGCAUGGCGACAUCCACUCCUGUGGCUCGUGGUGGUGGUAUGCCAGCUACAUUUAACAAAAACACUCCUCCCAAGACUUUUACUCCAGAAUGUGAAAACCAGAAGGACCCUGCUGUCAACACGGUGGUCGUUUACGAUUGCGAUGUUUGCUCGUUUGCGAGCCCCAACAUGCACUCUGUCUUGGUUCACUAUCAGAAGAAACACCCUGAAGAAAAGGCCUCGUACUUUAGGAUCCAGAAAACCAUGCGCAUGGUGUCUGUGGACAGAGGCUCUGCCCUUUCCCAAUUAUCAUUUGAGGUGGGUGCUCCAUUGUCUCCCAAAAUGUCCAACAUGGGUUCCCCACCCCCCCCACAGCCCCCGCCACCAGACCUCAGCAUUGAGCUUUACUACUGCAAACACUGCUCCUACAGCAACCGGUCGGUUGUGGGGGUGCUUGUCCACUACCAGAAAAGACACCCAGAAAUCAAGGUCACUGCCAAAUAUAUCAGACAGGCCCCCCCCACAGCAGCAAUGCUGAGAGGGACCGAAGGGCUCCAAGAUUCCCCUCGGCCUCCUGCCCCCAUGCAGCUCAACCGGAGCAGCUCUGAGGGAGAAUGCCCUCCCGUGGAGACGGAGAUGUUCUUUUGCCAGCACUGUGAUUACGGGAACCGGACGGUUAAAGGUGUCCUCAUUCAUUAUCAGAAGAAGCACCGGGACUUCAAGGCCAAUGCAGAUGUCAUCCGGCAGCACACGGCCACCAUCAGAAGCCUCUGUGACCGAAACCAGAAGGCCGCCAGUUGUGUGCUUCUCCCGGCUUCUGGUAUGGAGCGGGACAAGACGAAACUUAGAGCGCUUAAAUGCAGGCAGUGCUCAUAUACCUCCCCCUAUUUCUAUGCCCUGAGAAAGCAUAUCAAGAAAGACCACCCUGCCCUGAAGGCCACAGUCACGUCCAUCAUGCGAUGGGCAUUUCUGGAUGGCUUGAUAGAAGCUGGCUACCACUGUGAGUGGUGCAUCUACUCCCACAUGGAGCCCAGUGGCUUGCUUCUGCAUUAUCAAAGGAGGCACCCGGAGCACUAUGUCGAUUACACCUACAUGGCUACCAAACUCUGGGCUGGGCCAGACCCGUCCUCUCCCACACUCACCAUGCCAGCCGAAGCCAAAACUUACAGGUGUAGGGACUGUGUUUUUGAAGCUGUCUCCAUCUGGGACAUCACCAAUCAUUACCAAGCCUUCCACCCCUGGGCCAUGAACGGUGACGAGUCCGUGCUGCUGGAUAUCAUCAAGGAGAAAGAUGGUGUGGACAAGGCCAUCCUUGCACCCGAGGAGUUGAUAGGCCCUGUGAAUUGUGAAAACAGUCUGCCCACCCCCCUCCCCGAGCAGGAAGCCGAGUGCCCAGAGGAUGCAAGACUUUCCCCAGAGAAAAGCAUUCAUCUGACCUCAGCAAACCCUGCCAUCUCUUCCACCCCUUACCAGUGCACUGUGUGCCAGUCUGAGUACAACAACUUGCAUGGCCUCCUCACCCACUACGGGAAGAAGCAUCCGGGCAUGAAAGUGAAGGCUGCUGAUUUCGCACAGGAUAUCGACAUCAACCCAGGGGCGGUCUACAAAUGCAGGCAUUGUCCAUACAUCAACACUCGCAUCCACGGCGUCCUAACCCACUACCAGAAGCGACACCCGGCCAUCAAGGUGACCGCCGAGGACUUUGUGCAUGAUGUGGAGCAGUCUGCUGACAUAACCCAGAAUGACGUGGAGGAGACGAGCAGGAUUUUCAAACAAGGGUACGGUGCCUACCGGUGUAAGCUGUGUCCAUACACACACGGCACGCUGGAGAAACUCAAAAUCCACUAUGAGAAGUACCACAACCAGCCUGAGUUUGACGUCUUUUCCCCAUCUCCCCCAAAGCUGCCUGUCUCCCUGGAGCCUGAGAUAACCACUGAAGUGAGCCCCUCCCAGGUCUCUGUGAUGGAGGAGGAGGUGGGAGAGGAUCCCAUGUCUACUUCUCACUUCUCUACCUCGCAUCUGGUCUCCCACACUGUGUUCCGGUGCCAACUCUGCAAGUACUUCUGUUCCACGAGGAAGGGCAUUGCCAGGCACUACCGGAUCAAGCACAAUAAUGUUCGUGCCCAGCCCGAGGGCAAGAACAAUCUCUUCAAGUGUGCCCUGUGUGCCUACACCAAUCCCAUCCGCAAGGGACUGGCUGCCCACUACCAGAAGCGCCACGACAUCGAUGCGUAUUACACCCACUGCCUUGCGGCCUCCAGGACCAUCAGCGACAAACCCAACAAGGUGAUCAUCCCAUCCCCACCCAAAGACGACUCCCCUCAGCUGAGUGAGGAACUGCGGCGGGCCGUGGAGAAGAAAAAGUGCUCCUUAUGCUCCUUCCAGUCUUUUAGCAAGAAAGGCAUCGUGUCCCAUUAUAUGAAGCGCCACCCAGGGGUGUUCCCAAAGAAGCAACAUGCCAGCAAGCUGGGGGGCUACUUCACAGCUGUCUAUGCAGACGAACACGAGAAACCCCCACUGAUGGAAGAAGAAGAGAGAGGCGGCUUGGAGAGAACCGAGGUGGAGAGCGAAGCUCAGGACGUCGAGUGGCUCCCGUUCCGCUGCAUCAAAUGCUUCAAGCUGUCCUUCAGCACGGCUGAGUUGCUGUGCAUGCAUUACACAGACCACCACAGCCGGGACCUCAAGAGAGACUUCGUCAUCCUCGGCAGCGGUCCCCGCUUCCAGAACUCCACCUUCCAGUGUAAGCACUGCGAUAGCAAAUUGCAAAGCACAGCCGAGCUGACCUCACACUUGAACGUUCACAAUGAGGAAUUCCAGAAGCGUGCCAAACGUCAGGAGAGGAGGAAACAGCUUUUGAGCAAGCAGAAAUAUGCAGAUGGUGCUUUUGCAGAUUUCAAACAAGAGAGGCCUUUCGGUCACUUAGAAGAGGUGCCAAAGAUCAAGGAGAGGAAAGUGGUGGGCUACAAGUGUAAAUUCUGCGUGGAAGUGCACCCAACGCUUCGAGCCAUCUGCAACCACCUCCGGAAACAUGUCCAGUACGGCAAUGUCCCGUCUGUGUCGGCUGCCGUUAAGGGGCUGCGUUCUCAUGAGAGGAGCCACCUGGCCCUGGCCAUGUUCACCCGCGAGGACAAGUACAGCUGCCAGUAUUGCUCCUUUGUUUCUGCUUUCCGACACAACUUGGAUCGCCACAUGCAGACCCAUCACGGACACCACAAACCAUUCCGCUGCAAGCUCUGCUCUUUCAAGUCCUCCUACAACAGUCGGCUAAAGACACACAUCCUCAAAGCCCAUGCUGGUGAACAUGCCUACAAGUGUUCUUGGUGCUCCUUUUCCACCAUGACAAUCAGCCAGCUGAAGGAACACUCCCUCAAGGUUCACGGAAAAGCCCUGACCCUUCCCAGGCCACGGAUUGCCAGUCUCCUGUCCUCACACGCCCACCACUCCUCUCAAAAGGCGACCCCCACCGAGGAAGUGGAAGACUCCAAUGACUCCUCUUACUCGGAGCCCCCCGAUGUUCAGCAACAGUUGAAUCACUACCAGUCAGCUGCCCUGGCAAGAAACAACAGCCGUGUUAGCCCCGUGCCUUCUUCCGGGACUGCCGCUGGCACGGAGCAGAAGGCAGAAGCCGUUCUUCAUUGCGAAUUCUGUGAAUUCUCCUCGGGCUAUAUCCAGAGCAUCAGACGCCAUUACCGGGACAAACACGGAGGGAAGAAGCUUUUCAAGUGCAAAGACUGCUCCUUUUACACAGGCUUUAAAUCUGCUUUUACUAUGCACGUGGAAGCUGGGCAUUCUGCGGUCCCAGAGGAAGGCCCCAAAGAUCUCCGCUGCCCUCUCUGCCUCUAUCACACCAAAUACAAACGCAACAUGAUCGACCACAUCGUGCUGCACCGAGAAGAGCGCGUUGUCCCCAUUGAAGUGUGCCGUUCCAAACUGUCAAAAUACUUGCAGGGAGUUGUUUUCCGCUGUGAUAAAUGUACCUUCACCUGCUCCAGUGACGAGAGCCUGCAGCAACACAUAGAAAAGCACAAUGAACUGAAACCUUACAAAUGCCAGCUCUGCUACUAUGAGACCAAGCACACGGAAGAACUGGACAGUCACCUCCGGGAUGAGCAUAAGGUCAGCCGGAACUUUGAGCUGGUUGGACGGGUUAACUUGGAUCAGCUGGAACAGAUGAAGGAGAAGAUGGAGAGUUCCAGCAGCGACGAUGAGGACAAGGAUGACGAAAUGAGCAGCAAGGCUGAAGACAGAGAGCUGAUGAGAUUUUCUGACCGCGGGACUGGUGUGAACACGGAGAAGCGAUUUCCGUGUGAAUUCUGUGGACGGGCGUUCUCUCAGGGCUCUGAGUGGGAACGACAUGUGCUGAGACACGGCAUGGCACUGCAUGACACCAACCAAGUGAGCAGAGACGAAGUCCAUACAAAAGAGAUGGUAGACGAUAGUAUGCAGCUGCCCUCCAUAGAGGCGAAGGAAGACGAUGAGCCAAUCGGGAUAGACUUUUCCCUAAAGAGUGAAACCGUAGCCAUCUGUGUAGUAGCUGCCGACAAAUCUCUCCUGGAGGAUGCAGAGGCCAAAAACGAAUAAGAGUUUGGUGAAAUUCUUAUCAAACCUUACUUGAACCAUGAUGAAAACGUGGGCAGGCCGGCGUGGGCUGAGAAGGGAGGGGACAGAGAAGAGAGGACAAAGCUGCUCUUAGGACUGAACAAUCUAUUUUCAAAGCACUGGUAGCUGUGUGAGUGAGUAUGUAAAUUAAAGUUAUUUAAACGAUCGGAAUAUGUGGCUCCUGUCCCGUCCCUACAUCCUUCUUCCCGGAUCUUCACCACGGAUGUUUUCGUCGGCUGCGGUUUGGGAAGUACCUUCCAGAGGGCACGGCGGGCGCUCUCCGUGACCCUCUCAGACCGUGUGUGGCAAACCGAAGCUCGGGGACAGUAGAAGACUCCUCCCAGGGGAACAGCUUUGUGGGCGCACAACUUUCCGUGCGUUUUUCUAGUUUUAAUACCUUAAGCUUUUUUUCAAGACCUAACUGCAGCCGCUUUGGGAGAAAAAAUAAUAAAUAAUAAUAAUAACAGAACAGAAAAAAAAAACUGCUCUGCAUACAAGAGUCACCUGUUUCCUAGUACCUCAGACUUAACCAAGGGAAGUCUCCGCGUUUCUCUGUACUACCUGUCGCCCUUGUGGUUAACUGUAGGGAGAGCUGCUGGACAGGAUGGUGAACGGAGGGGAAAGAGAAAGACUUUUAAAGAAAGGAACACAAAUUGUGCUUAAAAUCCCCACGCGGGUUUUAUUUCUUAAAAUACUGUGAUUUUUUUAAUUAUUUUAGUAAAAAACAAAACAAACAAAAAAAAAAAAAAGAGAGAAACAGACUUUAAUGGCUAGGUAGGUGUGUGUGAACUGUCACCCCGUACUCCAGGUAAGCCGUUUCUUAGUGUUCAGCUAUAAUUUAGAAUUUGGUAGGGUUCGUGUGAACUAAUUUUAAGGUGAUUGUGGGGUUUCGUUGGCCACAUGUUUAUUUCCUCUCGGUCUGAGUGUUACGAACACAGCACAAAUUCGGUUGUUCUUUUUCCAUGUGAGUUGUCCUUUGUGUGUCUGUGGUUGUUCUCACUGGAGGUCGAUGGAGCGGUAGAGGAUUUGUGUGUGUGUGUGUGUGUGUGUGUGUGUGUGUGUGUGUGCGCGCAUAGGAAUUUUUAUAAUUUUAAUACAAAGAGGUCAACGUCCCUUGUUGUUGUUGCUGUUUUGUUUUUUUCUUUUGUUUUUAAUUUAAAGAACCAACCUCCCGGCACAGCUAUGCAGCGCGUGGGCCAGACAAAGAGGUCCUCUCACCCUUUUGCUUCUUCUCAAACGAACAUGUUGUCUGUCUCACACCAACAAUCUCUCUUCGACUGGGGCUGGCUUCUGUGUGUGAUUUGAACUCUGUUUUGUUUGCUUUCUGCAUUGUGAGGUUUUCUCGUUUCUUGGGGGAGCCAUCCUUUCACGAGCACGGGCAAGAGAUGGCAUAUCCUACAGGGAGCCUGAAGAAGGGCUUUUCUCUUUCCAUCUAGCUGGUCUCUUUUCUUUCUUUCUUUCUUUCUUUCUUUCUUUCUUUCUUUCUUUCUUUUUUGUCAUUCGGCUAGAGCAUCUUAGACUAAACCUAAGUCUACAUUUAUAGUAUGUUCUGAUUGUGAACAAGGGGUUUCGUUCCAAAAAGUAUAGAAGAGCUUUCUUGAAGCUUAGGUUUUAGGUGUAUGUGUGUGUGUGCGUAUGUGUGUGUGCAUAAGUAUACAUGUGUGUUGAAUAUGUGUGGGCGAAUGUAAGUCCUUUGGUUUCUUCCUAAGUUUUUGUUGUUGGUUUUUUGUUUUUUGUUUUUGUUUUUUUAACUUGGAAGGGUUGAUGGGUUGGGGGGCGGGCCAGAAGGGAUGAGGGACUACUGAGAUGACGGUGUCCCACAUAGCUUCAAAUAAAAUCCAUGGAAAGAUGUCAAACUUGUGAAGUAAGUACUUACUUGAAAAGCAUGUUUUUGUUUUGUUUUGUUUUAAUUUUUCGGCUUUUUUUUUGCUAUUAAAAAUUUUUAUUUGUAGGGUGUUAAUUUAAUUUUUUUUAGGGAUGGGGGGGCCAUCAUAUGGAAAGCAAAAAAGGGGGGAAAGUGUGAAAUAUCUAGACAAAGAUUCUUUUGUGUCCUUACUUGUUUUUGAUUGGCCUCAUUUCCAAUGUACUAAACAGUUUCAUGCCUGGAUUGGAUGUUUGCGAUGAUUACCAAAAACGAACAAACAAAACAAUGAAAGAAAAAAAGAAAAUAAUUGUGACAUGCUUUUAUCACUACUUUAUUUUUCAAAUAACAUGUAAAUAUUGUAAUCCAUUGGAUUUUGUUUUGCUAACCUGUUAAUAAAAAUAUGGGACCAUUAUCCUUUUAACAAGGCUAGAAUGUCAUUUUUUUCCCUUUUCCAAACAUAUACCUGAUAUUUUGUGGCCGCACAUUUUUGGAUGCAUUCUGUUUCUGUUGACUGUAAUGACAUAGAAUUUACAACAUUUUUUUGUUGUUUAAUUUAUACAGAGGACAUUUUUUUUCAGAGCUUAAGAGAAGAAAAUAAAUAGCAAAAUGAUAACCUAUUGACUCCAAUAAUCAGUGUUUCCUGAAACUUGAUGAAGGACAAGAGGGAUCCUGACUCCUUGAAGCCAAGGGUUUAAACACACAAAAAAAUGAAAAAUAAAAAAAAAAUAAAAAU